GAGUGCGGGCAUAUGGGUUUAGCUGCCUCCGGGUUCCAGAUAAGAGCAAACGCAGCCCCAGCACAGAAGGCCCUUCCUCUGUGGCAGCCACAGAGGCUCAGAGAGGACACAUGGCAGUUCCCCGGCUCCCACCCCUGCUGCUCCUACUGCUGUCCUUUGCCCUGGGAUCUGCUGGACAAGAAGGUCUCCAUCCAGCCCAGGAUACUGGGGAGAGGAUCAUUAAUGGAAUUCAAUGUCCAAGUGGCUCCCAACCCUGGCAGGUGGCCCUGUACCAAAACAAUGUGUUCCUGUGUGCAGGCGUGUUGGUCCACAAGAAGUGGGUGCUCACUGUCGCCGACUGCUACUCGAGUGUCUCCAGCUCAAUGUUGCUUUUUCCCCCAAGAUUGUACACUGUGCAAAUGGGCACUAAUCUUCUAGUCGAUAGAAAAGCCCAGAAGAUCAGGGCCACAGAGUUCUUCACCCACCCCCAGUAUGACGUAACCACAAAUGUUCAUAACAUCAUGCUGGUGAAGCUGAGCAGCCCGGCCAAUCUCUCAUCCACUGUGAGGAUAAUCAAGGUGCCCUCCAGCUGCAAACAGCCUGGCACCACUUGUACCGUCUCUGGCUGGGGCAGCACCACCAUGGAUGGAGCAGUGAGAAACCCAUCAGCGCUCAUGUGCUCGAAUGUCAGAAUGAUCCCCUACAACGACUGCAAGAAGGUUUACCCGACCCUGUUGAGGAAAUACACCAUCUGUGCUGCUCCCCCCAACAGAUCCUCCUUCGCCUGCAAAGUGAGUCCCCUCCUCCCCUGUGACCCCCUCCAUCCAGUGUCCCGGGGCCUGACCCUGUUCUCUGCCCGGGUCUGGGUGGGAGCCCACGGGGGCCGGCGUGGCCUUGGGGGCGGGCACAAAGCUGAAGGAUAG